CAAUGCAUUGAGACAACUAAAAACAGUGCGGGAUAUUUCCAGAAACGAGAAUUUUAGGUAAAAACAUGUGUUUUAAGUUAAGAGGAAUCGAAAAUGUACACAACAACUAUUGCACUUUUGGGCAUCAUUCUGUAUCUUCUCUACCGUUACUUAACCCGUCACCACGAUUAUUGGAAGAACAAGGGAGUCCCAUUCGAGAAGCCCUUCUAUUUAGCCGGAAAUUUUUGGGAAGUCUUCACUGGGAAAACUCAAAUCGGAAAACAUUUAGGACAGUUAUACACCCGAUACACCUCGCCGUAUUUUGGAAUUUACAUUUUAGGAAAACCUUACUUAGUAGUUAGAAGCCCGGAUAUUAUAAAAAAUAUUGCUAUUAGAGAUUUUAAAAAUUUUGAUGACAGAACUUUUGCCUGUGAUAAAAGUGCCGAUGAACUAGCUGCUAAUAGUUUGUUUAUAAUGAGGAAUCCAGAUUGGAAAUACAUAAGGAGCAAAUUAACCCCGAUUUUCACAUCGGGAAAAUUAAAACUGAUGGUUAACAUCGUAAAACGUUACGCGGAAGACAUGCAAAUCUACUUAACGAAAUGCGACGAUGGAAUCAUAGAAAUCAAAGACAUCUCCUCCAAAUAUAUGACAAACGUAGUGGCAUCCUGUUUCUUCGGAUACGAAGCCAACGCAUUCAAAGAUAAAGAUUCGGAAUUUUUCAAAUUCACCAAAACGAUGUUCGCUUCGAAAAGUUCAUUUCUCAGUUUGUUCUCUUAUUUUUUCGCUCCGAUUUUGGUGUCGUUACUAAAGCUGUCGUUCAUGGAAUACGGUUUGUUGAAAAGGAUCUUUUUAGAUACUUUGGAUUGCAGACGGAAGCAUAAUUUCAGGAGAAAUGAUUUCGUCGAUUUGUUGUUACAGUUGAAGGAUAACGUUAACGAUGAAAAGGUGAAUAUCGAUUUUGGCGUGGAUCGUAUGGUAGCCCAAUCGAUGACAUUUUUCGUAGCAGGUUUUGAAACGACCAGCAACGCUGUAGCUUUCGCCUUGUACGAACUCUGCCUCAGAAACGAUUGUCAAGACAAACUCAGAGAGGAAAUCAACGAGUAUAUAAAAACGGAUGAAGAUGUCACGUUCGAUAAAAUACAAAAACUGAAAUAUCUGGAUAUGGUUUUAUCAGAAACUCUAAGACGAUAUCCUUUCGGCCCCUUCUUGAACAGGGAAUGUAAGGAGGAUUACGUCAUCGAGCAGACGGGACUUGUCAUAGAAAAAGGCACUCCGGUUUUGAUACCUUUGGAUGGUUUGCACUACGAUCCGGAAUACUUUCCCAACCCGGAACAAUUUGAUCCCGAUAGGUUUAUAGACGACAAAAAACACGAUUACACGCAAUCCUGCGUGUAUAUGCCGUUCGGAUUGGGGCCCAGAAACUGUAUUGGAGACAGAUUCGGACUCAUAUGUGCGAAAAUCGGCCUAGUGUACUUUUUAAAGAAAUUCAAAGUUGAAAAAUGCGAUGAAACACCGGUACCUCUGGUCUUGAAUCCAAGGACGCCCUUUAUGGUGCCACUGAAUGGACUGAAGAUGAGAGUGCAGAAACUGUGAAAUACAAAUUUAGUUUUUUUUUUAUAAUUUUGUACUGUAGAUUAGAUUAAUAAUUGUAAAUGUAUGGACUUAUCUUCUGUGAACUGUGAAAUUUGUCAUAAUGAGGAGUAAAUGAGUUUUUUUAUUUAAAAUGUUUUAUUAAAAAAUAGGUUUUGAUGGAUGUUAUAUAUUUAUUACUGACUAUAAAUUACUAUUACAAUAAACACUAUAACUUA